UUAACUCGCAGUGGCCAAUCCGUGCAAGCCACUAACCCAUCGGCGCAGCGAGCUACAAGCAGGAGACGGACCUGGUCAGUUCCUGCGUGAAAUUCCCAUCGAUCGCCGCCGCAACCGUGCGUCAUCUAUUCUGCCUGGGCAGGCACCAUGCAGUCGCGCCGGCGGCACGCCGCCGCCGCGGCCCUCUCCGUCACGGCGCUCCUCGUCUUCAUCUGCGUCCAGGCCGGCCUCGUUGCAUUCCCUCUGCGCGAUACGCGCUCGCGCUCCCUGCUCGUGCCGCCGCGCUGGCUGCCCCUCGGCCUCCGCGCCGUCCGAGCCGAGACAGCCACGCCGGCGGGCGCGGGAACGGAGGCCGUGCUGCUUCCGGGCUGGGAGGUCAUCGCCCUGGUCCGACGACCCGACGCCGCCAGUGCACCCGUACAAAACGCCACGUGUGUGUUCCGGGGCGGGGCGUCGUCCCCGGCGCGCGCGCUCGGGCCGCUGCCGGCGACCGGCCGCCACGCUUACAGCUGCAUCAUGCCCGAGCCAACGCGGACUCAGCAACAUGACGCGCCGCUCGUGCUCUUCUCCGCCUCCACGGUAGGUAACGCCGACGAUGGCGCCUCAGGCCGCUCGCCGGAGAUGCUGAAGUGGAGCGACCGCAUCGUGUAUGAGUCCGUCGUGAUCGACGGUGGUGACGUGCUCGUCUUCGCCAAGGGCGUCAACCGACGGAAAAAAGUCAACCGCCCGGCUGCAGACAUCCGGUGCCUGUACUACCGUGGCGACGCCGGUAACGCCGUGGCCUCGCUGCCGGCCACCACCUCGGCGCAGCAAGUCUUCCGGUGCCCGCCUCCACCGGCAACGACUCCGGUAGACCGAGAGCUGCGCGUCACGCUUGCCGUGGUCGGAGAGGAGCCCAUCCCCUCACUGGCCACCUACGAUCCUCCACGGCGCCCCGACUCGUCGCCGGCGACCGGAUCAACGCCGUCAGGGAAGAGGCUGAUUUGCGCCUGCACCAUGGUCCGGGACGUGGCCAAGUUCCUGCGGGAGUGGGUGGUCUACCACGCGGCCGUGGGCGUGGACCGGUUCUACGUCUACGACAACGGGACCGAGGAUGACCUGGUGGACCAGGUGCGCCAUCUCACCUCGGACGGAUUCGAAGUCUUCACUAUGACCUGGCCCUGGCCCAAAACUCUAGAGGCCGCGCUGUCACACGGCGCAGCAGUGCAUCGAGAUUCGUGCGAGUGGAUGGUCUUCAUCGACGUCGACGAGUUCCUCUUCUCUCCACACUGGGUCCAUCCAGAGAACCCUACGAAAUCUAUGCUCCAUUCGAUCACAACCGUCGAAAAAGACAUUGGACAGGUGUCCAUGUGGUGCGCGGAUUUUGGCCCCUCGGGCCAGACCGUGCACCCAAAGGAGGGGGUCACCCAGGGCUACACAUGCCGAAGGCAGAUCAUGGAGCGGCGCAAGUCAUUGGUCCGGCUCGACGCGGUGGACCGGUCGCUGACUAACUCGGUCCACUACUUCAUGCUUCAACCAGGGUUUCGAAGCAAAUGGAGCACGCGAAUUCGCGUGAACCACUACAAGUACCAAGCUUGGGACGAGUUCAAGGUGAAAUUCCGCCGCCGAGCUUCGACAUACACCGUCGAUUGGACCGACAAGAAGAACCUCCGUUCCAAUGACCGGACCCCGGGUUUAGGGUUUGAGGCAGUCGAGCCGGCUGGUUGGCCGCACAGGUUCUGCGAGGUGAAUGACACUUUGCUCCGCGAUGUGACUCGCAGAUGGUUCGGCCUUGGAUUUGGAAAUAAGCUGGGUAGGCGACGAAUAAUCGGUACAACUCCUGGCUCAUCAUAUAAUGUAUGAAAACA